UCUUAAACACUCACAUACACACACAUACACACACAGCAACUCUCCACAGGAAAAGCUGGAGACAGAAUGCGCAGCCCCUUCACAGCAGCUUUGGUGCGUCGUGGCGUCCAAAUGGGAUCUUGCUACACUUUGAUAGUUGGUUAAUUACUCAUAUGAUACCACACAGAUGUCUGGGGGGCUCUAGUCGAAUAUUCGUCUAACUAACUCACUGACUGAUUGACUGUCGGGAUCCUGGGGAAGGCAGACAUUUAAGGAGCGCUGCACUAAUCAGGAUCGUAUCACCUGGAAAUCAAAGAGCGAACUGCGUUCUACAAUGGGCAUUACGACACUACAAUUGUUUUUGCUAAUGGCCGUCCUGGCCACUGGUGGAAUAUGUCAGAUAAAUAGAACAGAGGAAGUCCAGGACAGUUUUCUUCAAAACUCUACUACCUCCAAAACCAAUGUGCAUAAGGGUCUCCAGCCCACCACCAAAAAGGCCCUGCUGGAUAACAACACCAGACUUCCACCCUGCAAAGAUCCCACUUCCAUCAAGCUCUAUUUUAAGUACAUUAACACAAUUAUUUCCUGUGUCGUGUUUGUGGUGGGAAUAGUGGGUAACGCCACCUUGCUGAGGAUUAUUUACCAAAACAAGUGCAUGAGAAAUGGACCCAAUGCCCUCAUCGCCAGCCUGGCUCUUGGAGACCUCAUCUAUAUCACCAUAGACAUCCCUAUCAAUGUCUACAAGCUGCUUGUCACAAAAUGGCCAUUUGAUGACAGCUCAUUUGGACUCUUCCUGUGCAAACUGGUUCCAUUCCUCCAGAAAGCAUCUGUUGGGAUUACAGUACUCAAUCUGUGUGCUUUGAGUGUGGACAGGUACAGGGCUGUAGCCUCCUGGAGCAGAGUGCAGGGGGUCGGCAUUCCCCUCUUUACUGCCAUUGAGAUCUUCUCCAUUUGGGUCCUGUCCAUUAUCUUGGCUGUACCAGAGGCAAUAGUCUUCAACAUGAUCACCUUCACCUACAAAAACCAAACCAUCCACACUUGUAUGCUCAAGCCUGAAAGUGACUUCACAAGGUUAUAUGUAGAUUUGAAAGACUGGUGGUUAUUUGGCUUUUACUUCUGCGUGCCACUGGCCUGCACAGCUGUUUUCUACACCCUCAUGACAUGUGAAAUGCUCCACCGUAGAAACGGAAGCCUUCGGAUCGUCCUCAGUGAACACCUUAAACAGCGGCGUGAAGUGGCUAAAGCAGUCUUCUGUUUAGUGCUGAUAUUUGCUCUUUGCUGGUUCCCCCUUCAUCUCAGUAGACUGUUGAAGAAAAUGGUUUAUGUUCCAACUGAUGAAAGACGUUGUGACCUACUCAACUUCCUGUUGAUCAUGGAUUAUUUUAGCAUCAACUUGGCCACUGUGAACUCCUGCAUCAACCCCAUCAUCCUCUACUUUGUCAGCAAGAAGUUCAAUAAUUGCUUUAAGUCCUGCUUGUGCUGUUGGUGUCAUACCAAGAACCAGGUGUCCAGCUCAGGCCCCGUGAACGGCACUAGCAUUCAGUGCAAAAACCAUGAGCCCGGCAACCUAAAUACCGACAGAAGCCUUCGCAAAUACAGCGACUGAGAGGUGGAGGACAAUCGACAUGCUUAAAACGCAUUAGAAAAGCGGACAUCAUCAUCAUCAGUGUCAAACUUUGAGGUGGAAAGCAUUGUAACCAUUCAUAUGAAACUAAAGGCCCUGUGCUCAGCGCAGUAUCAGGCUGUUUUUAUAUAUAGCUUCAGAUCAGACAAUGGACCUGAUAUAUUUAAAGUCUCCCGUAGACAUAGAGCAGCUGUUCCCAGACAUUCAGAGUGUUGUUUUUCUGUGUGAGAGAAGUGGUGGGAGUGAAGACCAACAGAAACAGGAUGCAGCUGAACCUAACAGCUACAAAUUAACCCUCAUCAGGAGCUCGACAUGUUUUCCUUACGUAAAUACUGCACUAUGAACAAGCUCUGGAUCGUCACUGUCUGAUGUGAAAGGAAGUUGCAGAAAGGAAGAGUGAAGCGGUGAGGGUCAAUCUGUGGGUGCGUGUGUGUGUGUGUGUGUGUGUGUGUGUGUUCCUUCCUAUAAGCUUUGCCAAAGAAACUCCCAUGCAGCUGAGGGGGCAGCCUAUCCCUCAAAUUCAGUGUCCGGUUGUUAUUGUUAGCACAUUGAAUGCAGUCAUGGAACCUUGAUUCAAAACUAGUUUGUAAAACAGGAACUUUCAGGUCACCACCUGGCUCAAAGUUUAUUUAGUUGUUGUUAGGUGAAUCGUAUUGUGCGCUGGACGUCAACUCUUUAUUUAGAGUAGUAGGAAGAUAAUGAAGAUAUGCCUUUUUGUUUGAAUGCCAAAUUAAGUUCCAUGUGUAUAUGCUUGAAAGGUGUUAGAUGAAUAUGUAAGCUCAGAAUAAAAAAAUAAAAAAAAACAUGAAGAUCAUAC